AGGAAAGGCCACAUCAGCUUUGCACAAGUGGUUGCACUCUCAACCCUGCUGACUCGACUUCCAAAAAAAUGCCACAUGGCUAACGCCGGCUCCUUGGGACUGGCCCGGCUCCUUCAGAGGAGGGAAGCAAGUUCCCUGCUGCUGCAGCUCCGAAGAAGGCCCAAUGCUUGAGAAGGCAGGAAAGCGAGACCCACGGCAAGAGCUCACAAUGGAGGGCCGGAAGCAGGCCUUGAAAAGCCCCCAGAAGCUCUCUCUGCUCUCGUCCCCAGUGCGGGCUGCCAUUCGCCUGCGGAGGACAGCUCAUGCCUUUAAGAAGAACUUCCUGCCUGGGGACUCCAAAGCAAAGCUUCUCCAGAGGCAGAUCUCCUUGGGGAAGGCCAGACUGGGCAGUGCCUCCACCUCCCUCUUGAGCCAAGCGAGCUUUGAGAGUUCUCAGUACUUCACUUUUGAUACCUCGGUGCAGGAGCCCUCAACCAGAUCCAGCAAGCGGAGGAAGAGGUCCAAGAACCCCAGGGUAUUGUACCCAGGAAACUCCAGGAAAUACCUCCCUGCCGAGCACAAGAGCAAAGCCAAGAGGUGCCUCCUGUUGCUUGUAGGAAUUGUCUGCUUCCAGAUCCUGAACGCCAUCGAGAAUCUGGACGAUAACCUCCUGAAAUAUGAUCUGGAUGGUCUGGAGAAGACAAUGCACCGAGAGGUUUUUGGGCAGGCCUUAGCAGUCGAGAGCAUUGUGGCAUUGCUCAAGGACUACCUGGCAACACACAUACACAACAAACCACUGGUCAUCUCCUUCAACGGCCCAAGUGGGGUUGGGAAGAGCCACGUCGGUUGGCUGCUAGCCAAACAUUUCAGGUCAGUCAUGGGGCACAACUCUGUGCUCCAUUACUUCGGCAUGCACCACUGCCCGGACAGCGCUUCCACAUCAGCCUGCCAGCAAGAUUUAUCUAAGACGAUCAGCGAGAUGGUUACCCAAGCCGAAAUUGAAGAGAAGAUCCCCGUGUUUAUCCUGGACGAGGUGGAGUUCAUGUCUACAGCCUUGCUGGAAACACUGGGCGGGUUCUUCCAGACGAACCAAACCAACGAGUUCCUCAAUGCCGUGUACAUCCUGAUAAGCAACCUGGGGGGCAACGAGGUCGCCAAUGUUCUCCUUCAGAAUGCCUCUGGUGACCAACUGCAGCCCCAGAAGAAGGUGGAGUUGCUGCAGGCUGCUCUCCGUCCUGUCCUUGACCAAGUCCACCCUCUUUGGAUGUUGGCGGAGAUUGUUCCCUUCGUCUUGCUGGAGAAGAGCCACAUCCUGAGCUGCUUCUAUGAGGAGAUGAUGAGCGAAGGCCUUUAUCCUGAUCCGAGCCACGUGGAGAGCUUAGCCAGCCAGAUCAACUAUUACACUCAAGGGGGCCAACAGUAUGCCAUCACCGGUUGUAAGCAAGUUAUAGCCAAGGUGAAUCUACUGUAAAGGACAAGUGGGAACUUCUGACAAAAGGGCUGCCUUCCCCCUCUUUUCAUUAUGGAAGGGUGAACUGCAGGGGUCGAGAACUUUCAGCCCAUGGGCCAAAUGCGGCCUUCUAGGCUUCAUUAUCCCUCACAUGUACUGGGUUGACCAAUGUCUAGACUUUUUUGCAAAUGAAUAGGGAUGAGAGCAACGUGGCUUUUGGUCGCCAGAAUGUACAGCUAGGAAUAUAGGAAGCGAAGGACUUACACUUGAGAUUGCUUUUUUUCCUUUUCCCUCCCAUUUCUUUUUUACCUCACAUUUCAUGUCUUUUUAGAUUGUGAGCCUGACGGCAAAGGACUGCCUUAGUACUGAAUAUUGUGAGCUGCUC